AUGUCCUCCAACCUCAAUAAUUCGGGCAAUACUUUCGGCAACGAUGAUCAGUUCGACAACCUCAGCGGCGGUCGCCAGCAGCAAGGCGGCCUCUCCGACCAGAGCCAAUGGGACCCGAACUCUAAGACCUCUGGCCAAGGUAACUGGGACAACAACUCUGACGUACCCACAGGCGGAGGCACUGGACUCGACAGGGGUUCUGACACCUCUGGCGGCGGCUUCAACCGUCAGUCCGGCGACCAGGGCUUCCAGUCGGAUGACUACAGCUCUGGCACCCGCGGGUCGUCCGGUUUUGACGACUCCCAGACCGGCACAGGCAUCGGAGGCAACGACCAGUCGCGCUUUGGCACCACUGGUUCUGGCGCCGGUUACGAUCAAGAUGACAAUGCGUACGGGGGCGGUCAGCAGCGCGGUGCGGGUACCGGGGGUGGAAAGGCUUCGAUGACUGAUAAGUUGAGAGGCACCGCUGAGAAGAUGACCGGUAAAAUGACUGGCGACUCGAACCUCGCUCAAAGAGGGCAGGAACGCAAGGCUGGUGACUACAACCGCGACUUCUAG